AUGCAAGACCCAGAUGGUGUACACCAGAGGAACUACAGCAGCACGGCUGGUGUUGAAGACGAUGUCCUGACAACAGUCCAGCUGGUCAGUGAUGAGACAACCAAGCUCAUCAUGCGAGUUUUGAUGUACGGCGUCACGCCCACCAUCUCCAUCUUUGGCAUCAUCGGUAACAUUUUCACCGUCCUGGUGUUGCGGAGACACGGUUUUAGGAAAUGUUCCAACAUCGCCUUGGUCUCCUUGGCGGUCAGCGACGUGACGUUCCUCAUUGGCUUCAACAGCGUGCCCAAACUUCUCUACGAGAUCGGCUCUAGUCUAGACGUGUUUACCUACAGCCAAGGCGUGUCCUACGUCUUGUUUGUCCUCUACCAGAUCUUCCACAUCAUGGGCUACGCCUCUGCUGGUGUCUCUCUCUGUAUACCUGUGCUGAUCACGUUUGAGAGACUCAUUGCUGUUUUUUUACCUUUAUACUUCCGCCUUGUGGUGACGCCUCGACGCACCUGGGCAGUUGUGGUCUGUCUUGUGGUGUUUUGGUAUGGUUUCUUUAUCCACACCAGUUUCUAUUCCACAUUUGACUACCGGUUUAGUCUGGAACUGAACUUGACGGUUGGGGUGAUACAGCGGUCAGCUUACCACUACAGCAACGUCAAGACCGUCUUUAUCCUUGAGGAGACUUGGUCACUGCUGAUGAUAAAGAUACCGCUGCUGCUUACUUUUAUCGGCUGUUUGGGCAUCGGCAUUAAAAUAAAAUUGGCGUCCAUCAAACGGACGCACAUGACAAACUCGAGUUCAAGCGAGGCGUCGUCCAACCGUACAACCAAGAUGUUGCUGGCUGUGUGUACACUGUACACGUGUACCUGCGCCAUCCUGUCCCUACCCACAUACGAACCCCAGUAUUUUUACUACACCAUGACCACCGACGCCCCGUCCAACUUGGGCACGAUCCUGUACCAGGUGAUCAACAUCGUCUUGUGUAUCAAUAGCUCCUGCAACUUCAUCAUCUACGUCGUGAUGAACAAAAACUUUAGGCUCACUUUCAGGGCUCUCUUUCUGAAUCUCAGCGGGGAUGCUAAGAUGAACCUUUAA